UUGGUUCAGUCCUGGUCUAGUCCUGGUCUAGUCUUGGUUUGGUCCUGGUCGAGUCUUGGUUCGGUCCUGGUCAAGUCUUGGUUCGGUCCUGGUCGAGUCUUGGUUCGGUCCUGGUCGAGUCUUGGUUCAGUCCUGGUCAUGGCCCUCACAGCUCUGGUCCUGCUCUGGUCCAUCUAUAGUUUGGGGGUCCUGACAGAAGACAACAGCUCAGAGCCGCUCAGGUUGGUGGGAGGAGCCAGUCGCUGUGAUGGAACUGUGGAGCUGAAACACAGAGGAGAGUGGAGACGAGUGGAUGUGUCCUAUGACCUCUGGCACCAGGAGCACACAGUUGGUGUGUGCAGAGACCUGGACUGUGGCUCUGCUGUUUAUGGAAAACAUAGAUAUAAUUUUUCAAAGAGUCCUGUGUGGAGGGUCAGACCUGACUGUGUGAAGGAGUCUUCAGUGAGAGAAUGUGUCUGGGCUUCAUCUUCUUCCUCUUCCUCGGGUCUGGAGGUGAAGUGUUCAGACUCGGUGCGGUUGGUCUCGGGGUCCGGUCUGUGUUCAGGAUCAGUGCAGAUCUGGGACGGGUCCUGGACCGGGGUCUGUGACGGGGACUUGGACCAGCGGGGGGCAGAGGUGCUGUGCAGGGAGCUGGGCUGUGGGGCUCCUUCUCUCCUCCAGGGGGCGCUCUCUCCUCUGGGGCAGACGUUCCACUGUGAGGGCCAUGAGUCUGCUCUGAUGGACUGUCCCCGCUCCAACUCAAGCUCCUGCUCCUCUGGAACCACUGUCCACCUCACCUGCUCAGAGCUCAGGUUGGUGGGAGGAGUCAGUCGCUGUGCUGGGACUGUGGAGGUGAAACACAGAGGAGAUUGGAGACGUGUGACAACCUCUGUAUAUUGGCACCAGAAGGACACAACUGUUGUGUGUAGAGACCUGGACUGUGGCUCUGCUGUUUAUGGAGAAAAGAAAUAUGGUUUUCCACAGAGUCCUGCGUGGAAGGUCUCAUCUGACUGUGUGAAGAAGUCUUCAGUGAGAGAAUGUGCCUCUGGUUCAUCCUUCUAUUCCUCUUCCUCGGGUCUGGAGGUGAAGUGUUCAGAGUCGGUGCGGUUGGUCUCGGGGUCCGGUCUGUGUUCAGGAUCAGUGCAGAUCUGGGACGGGUCCUGGACCGGGAUCUGUGACGGGGACUUGGACCAGCGGGGGGCAGAGGUGCUGUGCAGGGAGCUGGGCUGUGGGGCUCCUUCUCUCCUCCAGGGGGCGCUCUCUCCUCUGGGGCAGACGUUCCACUGUGACGGCCAUGAGUCUGCUCUGAUGGACUGUCCCCGCUCCAACUCAAGCACCUGCUCCUCUGGAACCACUGUCAACCUCACCUGCUCAGAGCCGCUCAGGUUGGUGGGAGGAGCCAGUCGCUGUGCUGGAACUGUGGAGCUGAAACACAGAGGAGAGUGGAGACGAGUGGAUGUGUCCUAUGACCUCUGGCACCAGGAGCACACAGUUGGUGUGUGCAGAGACCUGGACUGUGGCUCUGCUGUUUAUGGAAAACAUAGAUAUAAUUUUUCAAAGAGUCCUGUGUGGAGGGUCAGACCUGACUGUGUGAAGGAGUCUUCAGUGAGAGAAUGUGUCUGGGCUUCAUCUUCUUCCUCUUCCUCGGGUCUGGAGGUGAAGUGUUCAGACUCGGUGCGGUUGGUCUCGGGGUCCGGUCUGUGUUCAGGAUCAGUGCAGAUCUGGGACGGGUCCUGGACCGGGGUCUGUGACGGGGACUUGGACCAGCGGGGGGCAGAGGUGCUGUGCAGGGAGCUGGGCUGUGGGGCUCCUUCUCUCCUCCAGGGGGCGCUCUCUCCUCUGGGGCAGACGUUCCACUGUGAGGGCCAUGAGUCUGCUCUGAUGGACUGUCCCCGCUCCAACUCAAGCACCUGCUCCUCUGGAACCACUGUCCAUCUCACCUGCUCAGAGCCGCUCAGGUUGGUGGGAGGAGCCAGUCGCUGUGCUGGAACUGUGGAGCUGAAACACAGAGGAGAGUGGAGACGAGUGGAUGUGUCCUAUGACCUCUGGCACCAGGAGCACACAGUUGGUGUGUGCAGAGACCUGGACUGUGGCGCUGCUGUUUAUGGAAAACAUAGAUAUAAUUUUUCAAAGAGUCCUGUGUGGAGGGUCAGACCUGACUGUGUGAAGGAGUCUUCAGUGAGAGAAUGUGUCUGGGCCAUCUUCUCCUCUUCCUCGGGUCUGGAGGUGAAGUGUUCAGACUCGGUGCGGUUGGUCUCGGGGUCCGGUCUGUGUUCAGGAUCAGUGCAGAUCUGGGACGGGUCCUGGACCGGGGUCUGUGACGGGGACUUGGACCAGCGGGGGGCAGAGGUGCUGUGCAGGGAGCUGGGCUGUGGGGCUCCUUCUCUCCUCCAGGGGGCGCUCUCUCCUCUGGGGCAGACGUUCCACUGUGAGGGCCAUGAGUCUGCUCUGAUGGACUGUCCCCGCUCCAACUCAAGCUCCUGCUCCUCUGGAACCACUGUCCACCUCACCUGCUCAGAGCCGCUCAGGUUGGUGGGAGGAGCCAGUCGCUGUGCUGGAACUGUGGAGCUGAAACACAGAGGAGAGUGGAGACGAGUGGAUGUGUCCCAUGACUUCUGGCACCAGGAGCACACAGUUGGUGUGUGCAGAGACCUGGACUGUGGCUCUGCUGUUUAUGGAAAACAUAGAUAUAAUUUUCCACAUAGUCCUGUGUGGAGGGUCAGACCUGACUGUGUGAAGGAGUCUUCAGUGAGAGAAUGUGUCUCUGGUUCAUCCUCCUCUUCCUCUUCCUCGGGUCUGGAGGUGAAGUGUUCAGACUCGGUGCGGUUGGUCUCGGGGUCCGGUCUGUGUUCAGGAUCAGUGCAGAUCUGGGACGGGUCCUGGACCGGGGUCUGUGACGGGGACUUGGACCAGCGGGGGGCAGAGGUGCUGUGCAGGGAGCUGGGCUGUGGGGCUCCUUCUCUCCUCCAGGGGGCGCUCUCUCCUCUGGGGCAGACGUUCCACUGUGAGGGCCAUGAGUCUGCUCUGAUGGACUGUCCCCGCUCCAACUCAAGCACCUGCUCCUCUGGAACCACUGUCCACCUCACCUGCUCAGAGCCGCUCAGGUUGGUGGGAGGAGCCAGUCGCUGUGCUGGAACUGUGGAGCUGAAACUCAGAGGAGAGUGGAGACGAGUGGAUCUCUAUGGACUCUGGGACCAGGGGGCUGCAGUUGGUGUGUGCAGAGACCUGGACUGUGGCUCUGCUGUUUAUGGAGAAAAGAAAUAUGGUUUUCCACAUAGUCCUGUGUGGGAGGUCUCAUCUCACUGUGUGAAGGAGUCUUCAGUGAGAGAAUGUGCCUCUGGUUCCUACUUAACUUUCUCUUCCUUGGGUCUGGAGGUGAAGUGUUCAGAGUCGGUGCGGUUGGUCUCGGGGUCCGGUCUGUGUUCAGGAUCAGUGCAGAUCUGGGACGGGUCCUGGACCGGGGUCUGUGACGGGGACUUGGACCAGCGGGGGGCAGAGGUGCUGUGCAGGGAGCUGGGCUGUGGGGCUCCUUCUCUCCUCCAGGGGGCGCUCUCUCCUCUGGGGCAGACGUUCCACUGUGACGGCCAUGAGUCUGCUCUGAUGGACUGUCCCCGCUCCAACUCAAGCUCCUGCUCCUCUGGAACCACUGUCCACCUCACCUGCUCAGAGCCGCUCAGGUUGGUGGGAGGAGCCAGUCGCUGUGAUGGGACUGUGGAGCUGAAACACAGAGGAGAGUGGAGACGAGUGGAUCUCUAUGGACGUUGGGAUCAGGAGCAAACAGCUUUUGUGUGCAGAGACCUGGACUGUGGCUCUGCUGUUUAUGGAGAACAGAGAGAUGGUUUUCCACAUAGUCCUGUGUGGUUAAUCUCACCUCACUCUGUGAAGGAGUCUUCAGUGAGAGAAUGUGUCUCUGGUUCAUCCUCCACUUCCUCUUCCUUGGGUCUGGAGGUGAAGUGUUCAGGCUUCGUCCUGAAUCGUCCAAUCAUCUCCGUGUCUGUGAGUGACGGGGCGUCCGAGCUCCAGCCUCAGGGGGUGCGGGUGCAGCUGGGCUCAAAGUUCAGGGUCAAAUGCUCCGUGGAGCCACAGUACUCGGGAGGCUCCUUCCGGCUCCUCUCUCCCGCCGCGCCCCCCGCUCAGAACCGCACCCUGCCUGCCGUCAAUCACUCCGCCCACUUCCUGUUCUCUGACGCUGACCACGCCCACAAAGGAAACUACACCUGUGUUUACCUCCUGCAGGUGUUCAACCACAACUUCUCCUCUCAGAGCCACACACUCCAGCUCUCUGUGGAAGAGUCAGACUCUGACCUGAUCAUCAGAGUCGUGGUGAUUCUUCUGUUGCUCCUUUGCAUCCUCCCACUGUCCUACUGCUACUGCAAGGUCCAGGCCAGAAGGGGCGCCAGAGAGAGGACCUCAGAGGACCUAGAGAUAGACCUGAUCAGCACCACCUGA